CCUGUCAGCCGCUCCCUCCCGGCUUCCGUCCUCCGCCCGCGCGCCCGCCGGAGCCCGUUCGCGUCGACUGACCAGAGUCCGCGAAUCCUCCGGCCCGAGCCCCGGAACCGCCCCGACCCCAGCUUUCUGUUCUUAGAACACACUGAGAAUCAUGUCGCUGCACCAGUUCUUACUAGAGCCCAUCACCUGUCAUGCCUGGAACAGGGACCGAACUCAGAUCGCCCUUAGCCCCAAUAAUCACGAGGUACACAUCUACAAGAAGAAUGGGAGCCAGUGGGUGAAGGCUCAGGAGCUAAAGGAGCACAAUGGACACAUCACAGGCAUUGACUGGGCUCCGAAGAGCGACCGCAUAGUCACUUGCGGGGCAGACCGAAAUGCCUAUGUCUGGAGUCAGAAAGACGGCGUGUGGAAGCCCACGCUGGUGAUCCUGAGGAUUAAUCGUGCAGCCACGUUUGUGAAGUGGUCACCCCUGGAGAACAAAUUUGCUGUGGGCAGUGGUGCACGACUCAUUUCUGUUUGUUACUUCGAGUCUGAAAAUGACUGGUGGGUGAGCAAGCACAUCAAGAAGCCGAUCCGCUCUACCGUCCUUAGCCUGGACUGGCAUCCCAACAACGUCUUGCUGGCUGCAGGGUCAUGUGACUUCAAAUGCAGAGUAUUUUCUGCCUAUAUUAAAGAAGUGGAUGAGAAGCCAGCUAGUACACCCUGGGGCAGCAAGAUGCCUUUUGGUCAGCUGAUGUCAGAGUUUGGUGGCAGUGGUACUGGUGGCUGGGUCCACGGGGUCAGCUUCUCCGCCAGUGGAAACCGUCUUGCCUGGGUCAGCCACGACAGCACCGUAUCUGUGGCUGAUGCCUCCAAGAGUGUGCAGGUUUCCACUCUGAAGACUGAGUUCCUGCCACUCCUCAGCGUGUCCUUCAUCUCCGAGAACAGUGUCGUAGCUGCCGGCCACGACUGCUGCCCCAUGCUGUUUAACUAUGAUGACCGUGGCUGCCUGACCUUUGUCUCCAAGCUGGACAUCCCCAAACAGAGCAUCCAGCGCAACAUGUCAGCCAUGGAGCGCUUCCGCAACAUGGACAAGAGGGCCACCACCGAGGACCGCCACGCUGCCCUGGAGACGCUGCACCAGAACAGCAUCACCCAAGUGUCUAUCUAUGAGGUCGACAAGCAAGACUGUCGCAAAUUCUGCACUACUGGCAUCGAUGGAGCCAUGACCAUUUGGGAUUUCAAGACCUUGGAAGCUUCCAUCCAGGGCCUCCGGAUAAUGUGAAGUGAGGGGGCCUCC